UGUUGACUGGGGACUCUCUGCAGUCGCGCGGAUCGCGUUUAGCUCGCGUCGCGAUCACCUCCAUGCUUCGGGACGGAAACCGCUCGGGCGUUGAACCGGUACUUUGUUCAAAGUCGCUUGGGUUUUUUCUCGAAGGCUGGAGGGAAUUGUAAGUUUCCGUUUCGUCGAAGUUUCAAGCAUUCUUGCCGGAGUAGUUGAAGUAUCCCGAGUGAUUGAGUACUCUGCAAGAUGAAAUACACGUUGACAGUGUUGGCCGUUCUGGCAGUGACGAAGACCCUGGCCUACAAAAUCCCUAGCACAGGCACGGGUACCCUCGCGAAUGAAUUGCAGGACUUCCUUGAUCUGCUACCAAAGUGCGACGUGAUAGAUCUCUCCAAAGCAUACGUGGCCAGGGACAAGGAAAUCCAGGCAAUGAAGAAGAUCAUAGACUCCGAGGAGUCGAAGGAAUACAUCCGAGACAUCUUGAAAUAUCCAGAAGUGAAACGCCUAUUGAAUUAUACGCAAGAGCGUGGCGUUGACACCAACGAAUUGCUCCAAAAACUGAACGAAUCGUUCUACAUCGAGCCAAUCACCCCUUUCGCAACCUCCCGCAACAUAAGCGGCGGUAUUAACGGGUUCGUGAACAACGUUUUGGAGUUGGUGCCCGUGGAAAUGCUACACUCUCUGUUCGAGGAGCGAAUGAGGACUUCCGCUGUGUUCUCCAGCUUUGUAAAGGAAUUAAUAUCGCCCAAACACCGAAACGUUUAUCGGUUAGCCAUGAUGGAUAAGCGUUUCUUAAACCUGGCAAUGAAAGCCGAGAAGGCUGGCAUCGACAACGAGACAUUCAUGAAAUACUAUUUUUGCUUCGUCGCGGGACGCCCUAUCGUUAACAAUUGAAUGUACAAUACGUGAAUUUAUUCAAAUGACUGUAACUGUAUUUCUAUAAUAGUUGUCAGUAGCAUCCAUUCAGCGUGUGGAAUAAUAUAAUAAGUAUGAAAUUGUGCAU